CGAGCUUCAAGUGGUUUAUUAGACACCACAUUUGCCACUGACAGGAUUUUUUCUCCCGGGUAUGGCCUCAAAGAGGAACAGUUUAAUGAUCGAGGAGUGGGGCAGGUAGCGCUGUUAGAGGUUCAGCAGCAUUCAGGCUCACCUACUUUAACUCAUUCUGAAUUGCCUCAGGCCAACACUGCCCAUACUUCAUCUGAUUCACCCCACAUUUCUGCUCAUCUUUUGGAGGCUGAUAUAGAUAUGGAGGCAGUAGAGGCAGGAACCGAACUAGGGGUUGAGCGUCGGGGUUUCCGACUAUUCGGACGAACUGCUCCCAUGGACUUUUUCUGUCGUUCUGACCAAAUGGCCUUGGCUUCUGUCGGUCCACUUGUUACUAAUGAAUCUGGACUAAAGAGGAUGGAACUCGUUUCCUCAUCUGAGGCUGCUUGUUGUUCAAACGUUUGGCGUGUUUCCUCUGCAACAUGCUUAAGCCGAAAAAAAACUGGAGCCCAAUUGUCUUGUGGUAGCUCGCUUCUUUCUGACGGACCAUAUGAUAAAAAUUCCCCGACUCUCUAUUCGCUUGGUGACGAACAGACUACUUUUCUCGGAGAAACACAGCAUCGUCUAGCCCAUUCACCUGAAGAUGGUCUCGAUAGGCAAUAUGAUCCGGAUUUUGGGCUGAUAGAUAGCGAGGUUGGUGGCCCAAUGUUGGAAGUUGAUAGUGAGCAUGCUGCAAUAGAUGCACGUUUGGUCGGGGCCACUUUAUUAGAAGAGGCUAGUCGCAGCAACAAUGAGGGAAUAAACAAUGAUGCUACAAAAGACGAAUCAGGUUUAACACAGACUACACUAUAUAAAGUAUUGGGAGGGCCUUUACCAAGCAGGGCGCUGAACAGGUGCGCAGCACAGGGCUCUGUACUCGAACUUGCUGAUAUGAAUCUAGCGAAUCCCAAUAACUCAACUCGACCAUUCCUCAGCAUUUUGACUCCUUCAGCACAAAUUGCCACUUGUUCAUUAUCUGAGCCAAUCGCUUUGAUUGAGCCCUCCAGCUAUAACAAUUUUGCUGAAACUCAGGAACCCAUAACACCUAACCUUGUUGGUGACCAGGAGAAAGCGGAGCAUAGGGGGGCUAAAUCCCUAGGUGAGAAAGGAGAAAUUAAGCUUGAUAUUAUACGAAGUAAACGUGAAAACAGGACUCAUAGACUGGCUCCUACUGGCCUUGGCAAUGAUCCGGUACGUCUGACUCCCAGAUCCAUUGAGGACUCAUUUCCUUGCAGCCACCAUCCUCCUUGCCUAAUCGCCUUUUCCAGCACCACCUUAUUCCACCCGAUCCAAUUGUUCAAUCCCCAGCGCUAUCUUCAGCAACAACAAUCAUCAACCCUUUUGCAGUCUUGGACAACAGGCCUCGCUUCCUAG